AUGCAAAACCAUUCCUUUACAAAUGAGACUCAACAGACUCUCCUACAAGAACCCAUCCAUUCGAGAUCAGCGAUAGAUCUCGUAGGAUUAAAACGGAUGGGAGUCAAGAAGACUGAAAAGCAAGGAUCCGCCCUCCAUUCGAGAUCAGUGAUGGAUCUCGUGGAACUGAAACGUGUCAAGAAGAAGAGACAAAGCAGGAGCACGACACCAAAGAAACGCAGCAGUAAACCACGACAACUGACUCCUCCUCGAUGUAGCGAUACUGAUGACUCGAGCCAAGUUUCAAAGAAGAGUAAUUCGCCUCGGCGAAGCCGCAGUAGUAAAUCCAAAAAGACGAAUCGCCGCAGUGUUUCUCCCAUCCCCGAGUCAGCAUCCAAACUGCAAGCCAUGGAGGAAGAAAUCACCAGGCUAAAAUCCAUUCAAGAUCAAAUGGAAAGGCACCAAGCUUUCUUGGAAAAACAACAUCGAGACUUUGAGCGUCAAAUUGAGACCAUGGAACUCAGUCUUGAAAUGACUGAAUCCAAAAACCAGGAACUGGAGUUUCGACUGGAAGAAGUGCUUGAAGAAAACGAUAGGCUUACUUACGGUCGCAAAAGCAGGCUUGUGUCCACUCCAACAAUGAAAGAUGAUGAUUCCAGCAAGGAAAACGACGUGGAACUGCUCCGCUUGGAGAAUGAAAUCUUGCACGGUAAGUUGGAACGUUGUGAAAUGGCAUUGCUUCAAACUAGCAACCAUACCAGUAGCUACUGCUCGUAG